CACGCUUUUUCUCUUGUUUUCCUCCAGCUUUGGCAGAGAUCUGAAUUGUUUCCCUACCUUUUCUGUGGGACAGAGAGGCUGAGAGCGUGCCGGCAUGGCAGAAAAAGUGAACAACUUCCCUCCCCUCCCGAGGUUCAUCCCUCUGAAGCCAUGUUUCUACCAGGACUUUGACGCGGAAAUCCCACCGCAGCACCGUACCAUGGCCAAGCGGCUUUACUACCUCUGGAUGCUGAACAGCAUCACCUUGGCGGUGAAUCUCGUUGGCUGCCUCGCAUGGCUCAUUGGAGGCGGCGGAGCUGUUAAUUUUGGACUGGCAAUUCUCUGGCUCAUUCUCUUUACGCCCUGCUCCUAUGUCUGCUGGUUUAGACCUAUUUACAAAGCUUUCAAGACAGACAGCUCCUUCAGCUUCAUGGCUUUCUUCUUCACCUUCAUGGCCCAGCUGGUGAUCAGCAUUAUCCAGGCAGUGGGAAUCCCAGGCUGGGGUGUCUGUGGCUGGAUUGCAGCAAUUUCCUUCUUUGGGACCAACGUGGGGUCGGCCGUGGUGAUGCUCAUCCCCACCGUCUUGUUCACAGGGAUGGCAGUCUUCUCCUUCAUCGCUCUCACGAUGGUGCAUAAAUUUUACCGGGGGAGCGGCGGGAGCUUCAGCAAGGCCCAGGAGGAGUGGACCACGGGCGCCUGGAAGAACCCCCACGUGCAGCAGGCAGCGCAGAGCGCGGCGGGCGGGGGCGCGCAGGGGGCCCUGAUGCAGCACGAGACGCAGUACUCGGCCACCCCCAACUACACCUAUUCCAACGAGAUGUGAGCAGCCGGACCUUGUCCUUGGGCGCCAGAUCGGGGGGGAAGGGAGGAGGAGGAGGAGGAGGAAGACGGCUGAGCCGAGUUUCCUGCGACUGUUUCGGAAAGGCGGACUGUACCAUAGCGGAUCUUUCUUUUCCUUUGUUCUCUGUAAUGACUUUUUUUUUCCCAUUGUCUUGAGCUCUUUUUUUCUCUAUCUUACUUCUUCGUUUUGAAGAGGCCAUGAGUUGACCUGCAGGACUCUUGUUGUGCGUGGUAGUAGGUGUACAUUCGUGCAUUUUCUUUUCCCUGUGAAAUAGUGGAUGGUGAUGGGGUUUUUUUUAAGAUUACUGUGGUGAUAGGUGUAUGUUAGAAUUAAAUCAGCCAAACCACCCUCCCCCCCCCCCCCCAAAAAAAAAAAAGGGAAAAUUAAAAUAGCAACCAGCACCUGUCUCCCUUUUUGGGAUAAGAGCUGAACUACAGAUUUUUUUUCUCUCCUCUUUCAGUCGGUAGUGUCCAGCCUUUUGCCACUACUUCUACCCGGGGCAAACAGUCCUGGGAAUUCUCCUUUUCUUCUGCUUUUUAACUAGCAGGUGGCUGGCUGAUUUAGUGUUUAAAAGUAAAUAAAUAAGGUAACUCGAUCCUGCUGUUCAUAUGCUGGAAGCUGAGAGAUUCCUAAUCUACACCCUGGCUCAGGAUCUACAACUUCUCUCAGUACGUGGUGUCGUGAGUAGUUCACACUUUUGACAUGAACAACCAGUAUCAGUGUGUGAUUGUGAACAAGAGCCACAGUGCACCCUGUGUGCGUGUGCACGUGCGUGUGUAUGUUGGGAGUGAGGACAGUUUUCCCGGUAAAACUGGCCCAUUUGAAAUUCUGCAUCCUGAGUCUGUUUUUUUAAAGGAUUCUGUUUAGAGAAGUGACUAUGACUGGCAGAGUGUUUCCCAGAGGACCUAUUCUUGGGUGAUGCUCCAGGUCCAAUCCUGCCACCCCACAUGCAAGCACAUAAAACCAGUCUCAUUGACUGACUAAACAGGGUGAAUAAGACUUGGCCCCGUUACCUUUCGAGGCAUGCAGUAAUUGAGGGCCCUUAGGAAACCUCCAGGCUAAAAGCGGAUGGUGGCAAUAAUUCCUUCUCUCUUGCGACUUCUAAAAAGGGCAGCGGAGCUUGGCCUUGUAACUCCGCUAGGCUCCCUUGCACGUAGCGGGUGUAGUGACCCAGAAGUCCCUGCUCCUCCGGCCCUGAAACGCUGCCCAGUUAGGGCAUGUCGGGCUCCAGGGAACUAUCUUGCACAUGAGCAGGAGGCAGCUGGGCUCACACAGCUUCGUCUUGCGGUGGGAGAUGCAGGGAAGGGCAAAGGUGUCCAGCAGAUCCUGGAAAAGACUUUGAUCCAUAAGUGGAGAUGGUGAUGGUCCUUGCAGGGCAGGAGUACGAGAAGCUCCUUUUUCAGAGAUGUUUUUCAUGCUCUAAUUGCACUUUAAAUAGAGCGGUCAGAUUUUUCUCCCACUCGUGGAAAAGCAGCCCCAGUAGAAGCUGAUCUGGCCCCUUUGCUCAAACUACUGCUGCCGCACAAGUCUCCCGCGUGCAGCAGGCGGGUGCUGGCCCUGCAGGUUACUAGCUCAGUGUGCUGCAGCCUAGCUGUAGACUUCCCCGCAGCCUUGCCCGCGAGAGCUUUGCAAGUCGCCAACCUCUUGACCCCCCCCCCCAUCCCUCUAGCUGCUUAACGAUGCUUGUGUGUGCAAUUUAUCCCCAAGAAUCAUGCCAAAAAGGACUUUAUUUUUUCCAGCCAAGCGCACCAAGAAUAGUUUCCUCUUAAGGGUACCACUUCAGUCGUUCUGCAGUAGCCGGUUGUCUCUUGGCAAGACUAAAAUGCAGCUAACGAUAAAGAUGCCUCUGCGUCUAUGUGUGUGUGUAUAUAUACGUAUGUAUAAAACGUAAAGAGAAAACUAAUCCUUUGCUGAGCCUAUUAUGUACUUAAUCAGGUUUAACUAUUGUGCAAUUCAUUUAUAGCUAGCCGAAAACUUACUAUGCCAAAUCAUGUGCUCUGUCAUCCCGUGUGUGAGAAAUGCUGAAUUAACAGUAACGUCACCUUUUGCAUUUAUAGUAAGAUGCAUAAAUGAUAACUGUAACGAGCUAUAACUAAUAGACAUCACUUCAGCAUCUAA